AAAGAAUUAAAUAGAAAGUCGAUCUAUACGAUAUAUGCUUAUAUAUAUGAGCUCACAUACAAAGCUUUGCUUCUCCCGUUAACGCGAUGGACUCGCUUCCUCCUCAGCCGCCUACCAAUUCAUCUUCUGUAUCCCUCAGCGUGAGUCUGAUCAUAAUCGCCGCCAUCAUUGUCUUCGUCGUGCUCGCCUCCUUCUUCAUCCACCUUUUCCUUCGCUUCCUCUCCUGCCGCCGCGGCUCCUCUGUCGCCGCCUUGCCGUUGCCGCUCGACCGUUCCCGAUCCGCCUCCUCCUCAGCCGCCGCCGCCGCCGCCGCCAACUUUGUACCCUUCGACCAGGAGAAGGCCAACUCGCUCCCUGUCUACUCACUAGCCGCCAGCCCCAAGUCCUCGCCGGACUGCGCCGUCUGCCUCUCCCCUCUCCGCCGCCACGACGAGCUCCGUCUCCUGCCUGCCUGUCGCCACGCCUUCCACUCCUCCUGCGUCGACCCCUGGCUCCAGACCACUCCUUCUUGCCCCCUCUGCCGAGCUUCCGUUUCCCUUCCCGCCUCCCUACUUCCAGCGCUGCCGUCGGCGGUGCCGCCACUCUCCGACGAACCUGACUCCUCGAGAUUAGGCAGCUUCCGGAUCGAGAUAGGAAGCGUCAGCCGCCGGAUGACACCGUCGGGGGAGUUAUCGGGAAAUCCUCCGCCACUGCCAGCUCCGCUUCCGUCGUCCCUGAGGACGUACUCGAUAGGGUCGUCGUUCGAGUACCUGGUGGUCGAGGAGGUGGAGGCGGUGGUGGCGAGGAUCACGCGACGGACGGAGAAGGUGGAGAAGCGGGGGGAUGCCAACACCAGCACCGAAGCCGAUGCGGCUACGGCGCCACCGGGGGAUGGGGUGGCCGAGGCGGCGGGGGGAGGGCCAAGGCUGCUGAAGGAGUACGUCGAUCAGCUGUCCUCCUCGGCGUCCUCAUCCUUCUCGUCUCUACGCUUGUCCAACCGCUGGAGCCACCAUUACGACGGCGAUGGGGUACGGAACUCAUGGGAUUUGGAGGGUUCCGCGUGGCAAGACGCGGAGGAGAGCGGCCUUCAUGACUUCUUCCAUUGGUUGAUGGGCGCAUAGUGCCCUUCGCUCGACAUGAUCGCACUACAUUUACCGGAAUACCCACGCUUCCUUCGCAACCAGUACCAUCCCGGCAGCAAAUCUCCAUCCAUCUCCGAGAUCGGACGGCCAAGAGCUGACGUCUCGUGGUGAGACCCACACUUGUUUCAGAAAACAAAGCGGAAGUGAUUUCCUCGGAAACGUUUCCGGAUCGAGCAGAAAUUAAUUAGCAGUAACGUGUGGUACAUUGGAUUCUUAGCGUUUGUUUGUCUUUGGUUGGAGUUGGUGACGAGGGGAAGGAGGCAAUAGCAGCUGCACCGCUGCCAUGAAUACCUGCUUCGUUGCACGGCCACCUGCACCCCAUUUUAAGUUGAACACGUAUGUUCAUGUCUGUGUGCGUUGAUGGUGCAGGUGGAGGAGUUGUUCCCUCUCUUUCUCUCUGUAUGAUUUCCACUGUGACAAAAGAAAAAGAUUGUAAAUAUUUGAAACUAUCAUGUACUGCUGUUGCAUAAAAAUACAUACAUGUUUCAUGUGUUG